AUGGAGCGGCCGCGGCCACACCCCGCGCCGGCCGUGACCCUCAGCCCGGUCGGCGUGCGCGGCGGCGCCGAGCGCCCAGACCACCUCCCCGGCAUCCGGCUGGAAGCUCGUGGCCUUUUGGGGUCCCCGGAACGUGCGGUCGCGUCCUCGCCGGUCACCACCCUCACCAAGACUAUGCACGACCUCGCCGGGCUGGGCAGCGACACCCCAAAGAGACGGACAGGCCCCCUAUCCCGAUGUAUGUCUGAGUCCUCCCUGUCAUCUGAGUCUUCUGAAUCUUCUGAUGCAGGUCUCGGCAUGGAUUCUCCCAGCCCCAUGGACCCCCAUGUGGCAGAACAGACGUUUGAACAGGCAAUCCAGGCAGCCAGCCGAGUUAUUCGAAAUGAGCGGUUUGCCUUCCGACGCUUCCAGUCCUUGCCGGUGAGGCUUCUUGGCCACAGUCCCGUGUUACGGAACAUCACCAACUCCCAAGCACGAGACAGCUGGAGGAAGAGGGAGGCAUGUGGCCGAGCUGCCCACAGCUAUGGGGAGGACAAAGAGAAUGAUGGACUUGUCUUCAAGAUGCCUUGGAAGCCCACACAUCCCAACAACGACCAUGCUCUGGCAGAGUGGGCUAGCCGCAGAGAAGCCUUUGCCCAGAGGCCAAGCUCGGCCCCUGACCUGAUGUGUGUCACCCCCGAGCGGAAGAUGGAGGUACAACAGCUGAGUCCCAUGGCCCAAAGCCCCUUCUCCUUGACCGCCGCUGAAGGUGCCACUGAGGAAGAUGAUGGAUUCGUGGACAUCCUGGAGAGUGACUUAAAGGAUGACGACAUGAUCCCUCCAGGCAUAGAGAGUCUUAUUAGCGCCCCCCUGGUCAAGACCACGGAAAAGGAAGAGGAGCAGGAUCUCAUCAUGUUCAGCAAGUGCCGGCGGCUCUUCCGCUCUCCGUCCAUGCCCUGCAGGGUGAUCCGUCCCAUCCUCAAGCGGCUGGAGCGGCCCCAGGACAGGGAUGUGCCUAUACAGAACAAGCGGAGGAGGAGCGUGACCCCUCCAGAGGAGGAGGAGGAGCCUGAAGAACCUAAAGCCCGAGUCCUCCGCUCCAAGUCCCUGUGUCACGAUGAGAUCGAGAACCUCCUGGACAGUGACCACCGUGAGCUGAUCGGAGAUUACUCCAAGGCUUUCCUCCUGCAGACUGUGGAUGGGAAGCACCAAGACCUCAAGUACAUCUCUCCAGAAACGAUGGUGGCCCUUCUGACCGGCAAGUUCAGCAACAUCGUGGAGAAGUUUGUGAUUGUGGACUGCAGGUACCCCUAUGAGUACGAAGGUGGCCAUAUCAAGACUGCUGUGAACCUGCCCCUGGAGCGAGAUGCCGAGAACUUCUUGCUGCAGAGCCCCAUCACACCCUGUAACCUGGACAAGAGAAUCAUCCUCAUCUUCCACUGUGAAUUCUCAUCAGAGCGUGGGCCCCGCAUGUGCCGUUUCAUCCGGGAGCGGGACCGGGCAGCCAAUGACUACCCCAGCCUCUACUAUCCUGAGAUGUACAUCCUCAAGGGCGGCUACAAGGAAUUCUUCCCACAGCACCCGACCUUCUGCGAGCCCCAGGACUACCGGCCCAUGAACCACGAGGCCUUCAGGGAGGAACUCAGGACCUUCCGCCUCAAGACUCGCAGCUGGGCAGGAGAGCGGAGCCGGCGGGAGCUCUGCAGCCGGCUGCAGGACCAGUGAGGGCCGCUGUGGUGCUGCCUGUCUUCCUUGCCUCUGCAGGCCAGGGCACCAGCUGCCUGGCGGCCCGCCGCGUCUGCUGGAGGCCCCAGGCACCAUCCAGGGGAGUGGGUGUCCCCUCCGUGUGCCCCUGGCCUCCACCCCCUUCUCACUCCCAUCCAUCACACGCCACAUCCUGGUGCCCCGACCCCUGUCCCUGCCCCUGGAAGAGCCCAGCCUGUUGACUUAGUGAAUUGGAUUAAGUCCAGUUCAAAGGAAGUAUUUUGUACUGGCAGAAGCCUUUUCGCUUUUUUUUCUUCCUUGUUUGAGUUAACCCUCUGUCUUCCGAUGUGCAGAAAAGCCCCCUUUUCUCUUAGGACUUUGCACAUGUGAGGCAGGGGGAGAACCACCGUCCCCCAGGAUGGGCCAGAGCUUCUCUCCUCCCUGCCCCGGGGGUCAGCGGGGCCGGCCCUCUGCGGCUCGCCUGCGUGUGUCUGCCUCUUCCUUUCUUUCCUUCUCUCCUGUCUUCCACGUGAACACUUUCAGCACAAACAUAAGCUCUUACUCUCCCCUGUUUCAGUGUUACUGCAGGCUUCAUUUGUUUGUCAGACUUUGCUGCGGUUGAGGCUCCUCUCUUAGGGACUCAAAUGUUAAUUACCUGCUUGACCCCGGCUUCUGUUGUCUCAGAAAAGGAUGUAAUCCUGGGCCACGGUGGAUGGGGAUCUGCGCCAAGGGUGCCCACUGGAAGCCCUGCCCCCACUCCCAUGAACCCAGGGGCCUGACAGGUCAAAACUUUUGCUGCUGUCUUGUCGUGGUCAGAACUUGGACGGAUGGAUGGAUGCAUGGAUGGAUGCGUGGACAGCGGUGGGUGCAAAGGCCUUACACACACAAACCUCUGAGUGGGAUCAGCUCAGUGAACAUGACAGCCUGCAGCAGGAGUAUGUGUCUGUCUGUGUGGACAAAAUCUUUACACUUUGAGGUUUGAAAAUAUUCAAGAGGAAAUGUCACGAAAACCCGCUAAAUCAAGGACAGAGUCUCCCAUGGAUUCUGAAUCUCAGAAUGUGGGGAGGCUGUGCCCCAAGGCCCUGUUGAGUCUUCUGUUGGGGCCUGGGUUCAAUAAAGCACUGAGCAAGCUGAGUGGCCAACAUGGCAUCUGUGGGGCCCUUGAUCAGAC